ACCUCCACGGCACCCCCUCCCAGCGUCUCCCUCCGCCGGCCGCGCCGACCUCGCGGUCCCCAGACCAGGGGCCAGAUGUAGAAAGUAGUCCCCAGGCCGGCAGCGGAGGCGCUGUCCACUCCGCCACCCCCGCCCCCUCCAGCAGCCGCCUCACUCCGCCCCCAGGCCGGACUCUCAGGCCGCCCCCGCCUCCUGCGAGCGGGUGUCCGUGCACCGGCCUCGCCGCGGCCGCAGAGAUCGACCGCUGGCCGCGCCGCGCCACGCCGCUGCCCGAGCGGGAAGCCCAGGCUGCGCGCGUCCAGCUGAGGCGCGGGGAGGGCCCGGAGGCGGGGGCCGGCAGGCGGACAGCGGCUGCGGGGCGGCCGGGGAGCAUGCCCGAGCAGCCCCGCUGAAUGGCGCCUUCUCUGCGACCCCUCGCCCGGCUGCGUCCGCCAGGGAUGCUGCUCCGCGCGCUCCUCCUCCUGCUGCUCCUCGGCUCCAUUCCAGGAGUGUGGUGCUUCAGUGAACUGUUUUUUAUAAAAGAGCCACAGGAUGUAACUGUCACAAGAAAGGACCCAGUUGUUUUAGAAUGCCAAGCUCAUGGAGAAGUUCCUAUUAAGGUCACAUGGUUGAAAAAUGGAGCAAAAGUGUCUGAAAAUAAGCGGAUCCAGGUUCUGUCUAAUGGCUCUUUAUACAUCAGUGAGGUGGAAGGCAAGCGAGGAGAGCCAUCUGAUGAAGGAUUUUAUCAGUGCUUGGCAGUGAACAAAUAUGGAGCCAUUCUUAGUCAAAAAGCUCAUCUUACCUUAUCAACUAUUUCUGCAUUUGAAGUUCAGCCAAUUUCUACUGAGGUCCAAGAAGGUGGAGUUGCUAGAUUUGCAUGCAAGAUUUCAUCAAACCCUCCUGCAAUCAUAACAUGGGAAUUGAAUCGGACAACUCUACCUGUAACUAUGGACAGAGUAACUGCCCUACCAACAGGAGUCUUACAGAUCUAUGAUGUCGGCCACAGGGAUGCUGGAAAUUACCGUUGUGUUGCUGCUACUGUGGCCCACAGGCGUAAAAGUGUGGAGGCCUCUCUAACAGUGACUCCAGCUACAGAGUCUAAAUCCUUUCACACACCAACCAUUAUAGCAGGUCCACAGAACAUAACGACGUCUCUUCAUCAGACUGUUGUCUUGGAAUGUGUGGCCGCAGGAAAUCCCAAACCAAUCAUUUCUUGGAGCCGUCUUGAUCACAAGUCCAUUGAUGUCUUUAAUACUCGGGUACUUGGAAAUGGUAAUCUCAUGAUAUCUGAUGUCAGGCUGCAACAUGCUGGAGUAUAUGUUUGUCGGGCCACUACGCCAGGCACACGCAACUUUACCAUUGCUAUGGCAACUUUAACUGUAUUAGCUCCUCCUUCAUUUGUUGAAUGGCCAGAAAGUUUAACAAGGCCUCGAGCUGGCACUGCUCGAUUUGUAUGUCAGGCAGAAGGAAUCCCCUCACCCAAAAUGUCAUGGUUGAAAAAUGGAAGGAAGAUACAUUCAAAUGGUAGAAUUAAAAUGUACAACAGUAAAUUGGUAAUUAACCAGAUUAUUCCUGAAGAUGAUGCUAUCUACCAGUGCAUGGCUGAGAACAGCCAAGGAUCUAUUUUAUCUAGAGCCAGACUGACUGUAGUAAUGUCAGAAGACAGACCCAGUGCUCCCUAUAAUGUGCAUGCUGAAACCAUGUCAAGUUCAGCCAUCCUUUUAGCCUGGGAGAGGCCACUUUAUAAUUCAGACAAAGUCAUCGCUUAUUCUGUGCACUACAUGAAAGCAGAAGGUUUAAAUAAUGAAGAGUAUCAGGUAGUCAUCGGAAAUGACACAACUCAUUAUAUUAUUGAUGACUUAGAACCCGCCAGCAAUUAUACUUUCUACAUUGUGGCAUAUAUGCCAAUGGGAGCCAGCCAGAUGUCCGACCAUGUGACACAGAACACUUUAGAGGAUGUUCCCCUGAGACCUCCUGAAAUUAGUUUGACAAGUCGAAGUCCCACCGAUAUUCUCGUCUCCUGGCUGCCAAUCCCAGCCAAAUAUCGGCGGGGCCAAGUGGUGCUGUAUCGCCUGUCCUUCCGCCUAAGCACUGAGAAUUCCAUCCAAGUUCUGGAGCUCCCAGGGACCACGCAUGAGUACCUUUUGGAGGGCCUGAAACCCGACAGUGUCUACCUGGUGCGGAUUACUGCUGCCACCAGAGUGGGGCUGGGAGAGUCAUCAGUGUGGACUUCACAUAGGACACCCAAAGCUACAAGCAUGAAAGCCCCUAAGUCUCCAGGGUUACAUCUGGAGCCUCUGAACUGUACCACCAUUUCUGUGAAGUGGCAGCAGGAUGCUGAGGACACAGCAACCAUUCAAGGCUACAAGCUGUACUACAAAGAAGAAGGGCAGCCGGAGAACGGACCCAUUUUCUUGGAUACCAGUGACCUUCUCUAUACUCUCAGUGGUUUAGACCCCAGAAGAAAAUAUCAUGUGAGGCUGCUGGCUUACAGCAACGUAGAAGAUGGCUAUCAGGCAGACCAGACAGUCAGCACGCCGGGAUGCGUGUCUGUUCGUGAUCGCAUGGUUCCUCCUCCACCACCACCCCACCAUCUCUAUGCGAAGGCUAACACCUCAUCAUCCAUCUUCCUGCACUGGAGGAGGCCUGCGUUCACCGCUGCGCAAAUAAUUAACUACACCAUCCGCUGUAACCCUGUUGGCCUGCAGAAUGCUUCUCUGGUUCUGUACCUUCAAACAUCAGAAACUCACAUGUUGGUUCAAGGUCUGGAACCAAACACCAAAUAUGAAUUUGCUGUUCGAUUGCGUGUGGAUCAGCUUUCCAGUCCCUGGAGCCCCGUUGUCUACCAUGCUACACUUCCGGAAGCACCAGCAGGCCCACCAGUUGGAGUAAAAGUGACAUUGAUAGAGGAUGACACUGCUCUGGUUUCUUGGAAACCCCCUGAUGGCCCAGAGACAGUUGUGACCCGCUAUACCAUCUUGUAUGCGUCCCGGAAGGCCUGGAUUGCAGGAGAGUGGCAGGUCCUACACCGAGAAGGGGCAAUGACCAUGGCUUUGCUCGAAAACCUGGUGGCAGGAAAUGUAUACAUUGUCAAGAUAUCUGCAUCCAAUGAGGUGGGAGAAGGGCCCUUUUCAAAUUCUGUAGAGCUGGCUGUACUUCCAAAGGAAACUUCUGAAUCAAAUCAGAGGCCCAAGCGUCUAGAUUCCGCUGAUGCCAAAGUUUAUUCAGGCUAUUACCAUCUGGACCAAAAAUCAAUGACUGGCAUUGCUGUAGGCGUUGGCAUCGCCUUGACCUGCAUCCUCAUCUGUGUUCUCAUCUUGAUAUACCGAAGCAAAGCCAGGAAAUCAUCUGCUUCGAAGAUGGCACAGAAUGGCACUCAACAUUUAUCUCGGACCAGUGCCUCCCUAGCCAGUGGGAAUGAAGUAGGAAAGAACCUGGAAGGAGCUGUAGAAAAUGAAGAAUCCUUAACGCCAAUGAUAAUGCCAAACAACUUCGUUGAUGCAAAGGGAGGAACAGACCUGAUAAUUAAUAGCUAUGGUCCUAUAAUUAAAAACAACUCUAAGAAAAAAUGGCUUUUUUUCCAAGAUUCUAAGAAGAUAAAAGUCGAGCAGCCUCAAAGAAGAUUGACUCAAGCAGUCUGCUUUUACCAGCCAGGCACUACUGUAUUAAUCAGUGAUGAAGACUCCCCCAGCUCCCCAGGUCAAACAGCCAGCUUCCCAAGACCCUUCGGUGUUGCAGCUGAUACUGAGCAUUCAGCGAAUAGUGAAGGCAGCCACGAGACUGGGGAUUCUGGAAGGUUCUCCCACGAGUCCAAUGAUGAGAUACACCUGUCCUCAGUUAUAAGUACCACACCCCUGACCUCCACUUCCUUUACUGGCAGUGAUUCAGGUGGGGAUCCCUCCAUGAGGCAGUGUGAAGACCCUGCAGUGCCGUCGGAUGCUGAGCAAACUUCCUCUUCAGUUCUGCAGCCCCCAUCUGCCGUGCUCUGCUUUGAUAAAAAUGAUUUUCCAAUCUAGACAGCCAUGUUCAGGUAUUCUCACCUUUAAGUCUGUUCGAAGGACAAUGAACAGGGAGCCAAAGCCUUUUGUGAAAAUCUUAAUGUCUUAUUGGGUAUUUCAGCUUUUUUUGAAUGUGUUUUUUUUUUUAAUUUUUAAACUCACGUAUUUUGAAUGUUUCAUUGUCAGCAAUGUGAAAAGACAGUCAAGAUAUUUGACUGGAUUAUAAAAGAUAUCACUGGAGCAAAGGGAAGACUUUUGAAAGCCCCUUUGCUGGCUAUCUACCUCAGUUUGCCAGUUGGCAAACUCAGAAGACAACUUUGUUACCUCGUUUGUUGUGAUAGUUUAUCUCAGCUACAUAACCAAUGAUACUUCCUAGUAGCAUUUUGUUUUCAUUGCUGUAUGUGUAAUGUGUGUUAUCAAAGGAGUCAUAUAGGUAGAUGAGUAAGAAUGUUUAUCUGAAGCUCUGAUUUUUUUAAAAAACUAUGAUAUCUACGUGGUUUAGAUAAUUUAACACUUCUGGCUGUGAGGACGUUAAACCACUGAGAAGAGAAAAAGUGGGACUGUUGAUUUUAAUGAAUGACCAAAACAAAAUGUUUAUCUCUUUUGAGAACAGAACUACUCAAUAGCAUAUAGGGAAUACUAUUGCUUCAAGAGCCUUUGUGUCGUGGGCAUUGGGUCUGAGCGCUUUGUCUACUGUAUCCCAAACCUCAGCCUGCCGAGAGCCGUGCCUUUUUUGCCUUCCCGUUUGCCUGGUAGUGGCCAAACGCUGGACUGCCUAGUUUGCAAAGCAUCCUCAACAUUUCCAGUAUUAGCUGCAAAACCAUGCAGAAAGCAGAUUUUUCAAAAGAAUGGGUUAGAGUAUUUGGUUUCUUUUUUUAAAUCCCAGCCUGCUUAAAGGGGUGAAGAUAUUUCACAUAAUAGUAAGAAUGAAGAUAAAUGCAACAAUAGGCAGUGAAAUGAACUUGAGGUUAUCAUGGUAACAGUGCCUUCCAUUAUAUAUUAUGAAAUUCUUUGCCUUAUGUCUUAAUACUCAUGAAGUUGUUCAGGACAGGAGUAGAAAAGUUGCCUUAAGAGUGUCUUGGAUUAUAUCAGUAACUAUUUUGAUGUACAGUAUCUUAUCAAAGCAUUUGGUUUGUUUUCAUGCAGGUUUUGUUUAGGGAUAAGUAUUCAGAGCUCUACCACCCUACUUGUCUUUUCUUGAAUUCUUAAGAGUUUGGUACUCCUUAUUUAAUCUUCCUUCACUGUCAGUGCUGUGAACGAGAAAUGCUAACUCCAGGAGUGAGUUAAUCCUCUUGCUGGUUUGAAAUCAGCACGCGGUUUCCUCAGCUACAUAGAAUAGUCCUUCUCUCAGUCACGAGACAGUUUCCUACUAGGUGCCCAGCGGUGGGAGAGGAUAAAGAAUUAAACACAUGGUCUAGAGAGGGGACCCCAUAUCCUUUUUAAAGUAUUUUUUCAAAUUAUCUGGAAAUGACUUUUGAAUCUCAUUUUAAAAGGAAUCUUAAUGGGUUUCCCCUUGAAACCUUUGGUUUAUAGAGGGGGGUCAUGUUAAAGGGUGUUCUAAAAUCCAAAGAAUAUUACUGGAUUGCAGUCCCCCCUCUUUCAUCUCCUAUCCCAUUGUCUGAUGAUACAACGUUUUUUGAUUAUUUUUUAAUCCGUAGUUUUGUGCCAAACUGGAUGUGUUCAGAAGCAAACCAGCAUUAAGUGCUAGCAACCACUUCUGAACUAAACUGAAAGUCCCCCAUUUAGUUAUCUAGGUAUGGGCAUCAUGGCAAAACAAAAAAAGCAGAGCUUUAGGUGAACAAUCUGAGGCAAGGAAAAAUGCUGCUCCUGCCUUUAUAGCUCCUGUUUUAUACUACCUCCUUUUAAAGUUAUUCUAGUGUUAUUUUUUUUCCUGUACUCAGGGAAUAUUUUGUUAAUUUUGAGCUGCCUCAUGGAAGCAUGGGCAAAUUGACAGGGUAUGGCGUUUUUUGGUUUGUAAGUAGAAGUAUGUGGGGGCCAACUUUUAUCAGUAUCUAAAAUUAAGGAGUUCAAUGAGUUCAUUUUAUUUUUUAAACUUUCAUUAAAAGGUAAACAAAAUCUAAAGCGGAAACAUCAUCCAUCCUGAUUAUGGAAGAUGUGUCUAGGACUAUAUGAAUUUGAAUCGUUUCAAAAGCCUAAAAUGAUGAUCUGAAGUCCUUGAGGAAAUUCUUUUGUUUGUUUGGUUUUUGAUGAAUAGGCCCAUGGUUAUUGUAGAUCUUUAGGCUAUAACUAUUUGCUAAUUAUUUACCAGUACAUUUUUUGCUUUUUCAUCUUUUCAUUUUGUUCUUAUACAGAUUUUUUUCAUAAUAAUCUGUUACCGAAGAAUUUUCAGUAGAAAGUGAAAAUUUGACUAUAAUUUCCCCCCCAAAUUGAAUUAACUAGAAACAUCUAUAUGUAUGAAGUUUAUACAAGUAGUUACUAACCCAAAAUAAUAGAGUUUAUAUUGAUUGUUAUAGUUAAAUAGACUAGUAAUUUUAACUACCUUAUUGUUACCGGAGCAUUUAAAAUAAGCUCUACCAGCAGAUAGUUCCAAAGAAUUUCAAGUGUAUUUUUUUUUUCUUCAGCAAGUACAUCUUCAACUGUACAGUAUUAAAGUAUUUUUAAAUGGUUGAAACUACCUGUUGGAGAGAAAAAAAAAUCUUUUCACCAAAGAUAAAUAUUUUGGUCUCAUUGAGUAAGAUAUUUAGUGUACAGCAAAGAUUUCUUUUUUACUUGGCCAAAGCAAGCUUCUUUGAAGUCUUAAGUAUGAAAUUGUAACUAAAAUGUGAAGGUUCUCACUCAUCUCCUAUAGUGGUGUUACUUCAUGGUAUUUCACUCCAAAGGGGCUAAUAGGCAAAUGCUAACUGUUUUCUUUUCCAAAGACUUAUUUGCUGUAAGUACUGAUACACACGUGUCAUUUUUAUGCCAAAUAUUACAAGAUACUGCUCAUCAGUAUUUUCAUACCAAAGAUCAUUAAAAUAUAUAGAUUAGCCUUUAAGUAAGUAAAGAUGAGCAGAUUUGAAAUAAAUUUAUUUAGAGGCUGAUAGGGACUCUAGCUUUAGUAGCAAAGAUAUCAAAGGGCUAAGUUUACAUAAUUAAAAGCAAUACAAUUAUAUUGGUAUUUAUCAGUGUUUUUAUUCAAGUACUUUUUAUCAGCAAAUUAAAAAAAAAAAGCCAAAGAUAUUUAAGGUUACCUCCGCAUAUAGGCAAAUUUAGUUGUACGUUAAACUGUUGUUUCUUGUUUUUAUGUCAACCAAACGUGUCUCUCCAGAACCCAGUGUGUCUACAGAUAGCAUACAUAGGGACUUGCUGUUAAAUCUGCUGAUUCAGCCACAGGGUGUUUUUGCCAAAUAAUGUGAUACUUUCCUAAGUACCUUGAGCAUGAGAUGUCAACAAAAAUAUCAGCAGGCUUUUCCAUUGCAGAGCAUUAUGGCAGCCCCUGAAUCAGCCUGAGCAGUCUUCCUCCUGCUUAAAGCAUUACCUAGUUAACUCAGAAGGCUGGGGGCAGUCCCUUAAUAACGGAGAUGUUCUCAUUUCUGGGGAGCAAUGGGAUUUAACAGGCAGACAAAUCCUAUCACUGUUUAAGUGACUUGUACUUUGAUAGAUGUGCUCUUUAAAGUUGUCCAUAAAUUGAAAUAUUUUAAUUGCAUCAAGGGAGCCUGGUAUUUCAAACUUUAGUGGAACCUUGGGUGAAACAAAAAUCUUCUUUAUGAAAUCUGGAGUUUUAUAUUUUUAUUAGCCUAAAAGUAAGGACACAGCUUUAUUCACUAAGUGACUUUAAAAAGUCAGCUUUGGCACACCAGGGAAAUUAGAUUCUCAGUGAAAUGCCUUUUAUUUCCCUUUGCUUCAAGCAAGAGGAGUGCCAGCACGGGGAACAAUGACAGUGAUUCGCAUUAGUUUGUCUUUGCAUUAGUUUGGCAUUGCUAAGGACUUCCUGCCAGAAACUUGCUCUCGUUGACAAUUCAGGAUCAUUGUUCAAGUCCAUAUGAAGAUACCUUUGGAAACAAUUCACAGUGUCACAAAACGAUGGAAUCGAAAGUAUCUUUUUUUUUUAAUGCAAGAAUAUCCAGAUGUGGUUCCAAUUCAGCAGUGAUUCACAUGUAUGUUUAUUCUUCAUUGAAUGUAAAUUUUGAAUACUGAAUGUUAAAAGAAAGUUCCAACUAUAUUGAAAGAGUCAUGAUCUUUCCCAGACUAAACAUGUAUUUUGCAGACUUUAUUCCUGCCAGUUUGCCACUUAGGUCUCUGGUAAAAUUGCUUUGGUUUAUAGUCAAAAUAAUUUUUGUGGGCUGUGAGCACAGAAUAGAGGGUUCUGGAGAUCAACAUACACAACCAGUUGUCUAAUUGUAAGUUUUAUUGAUGUUUAGAAGAACAUAUACAUAGAUUUCUGUGUGAAGUUGAUUUAUGCUCAGGACAUAAGAUCACAGGCUAAUGCAAUGCGUGUGUUAGCAGGCUUUAAUCUUCUCAGGCAGUCUCCCUUUUUAAGCCUUGGAAAGUGUUUAAGAUUAACAUGACAGUCUUGCAUUUUUACAGAACAGAUACUGUAUUAUUUUCUUAUUGCUGCUAUAACAAAUGACCACAAACUUAGUGGCCUUAAAACAACACAAAUAUUAUUGUCUUCCAGUUCUGUAGGUCAGAAGUCUUACAGGUCUCACUGGGAUAAAAUCAAGAUUCGUUUCCUUGUCUUUUCUGGCUUUUAGAGGCUGUGGACCCCUCCCUCCAUCUUCAAAGCCAGCAACGUAGCAUCUCUCUGACCCUGCUUCCAUUAUCAUAUCUCUUUUUCUGACCCCAUCUGGGAAAGGUUCUCCAGUUUUAAGGACUCAUGUGAUUAGAUUGAGCCCACCUGGAUAAUCCAGGAUACUGUCCCCAUCUCAGAACUCUUAAUUUAAUCACAUCUGCAAAGUCCCUUUUGCCAUGUAUGGUAACAUAUUCAGAGUCCGGGGAUUGAGCAUAGACUUCUGUAGCUGGCCAUUAUUUUGUCUACCACAGAUACAUUAUUUCUAUAGAAUUCUGAUCCCCACAAAAUGUCUAUACAUUACAGAGAUUGAAAGUCUGAAGCCAUGUGUCCCCCGGGGAUCUUUAAAUUUCAAAGCUACGGAAACCUUGGCGUGUAGCCUAUCACAUGUAUACAUUAAACUUUCUCUCUAAGUCACUUGCAAAAACAAUUCAGCUUUAAGCUUUUUGAAUAUGUGCUUCAUAAAGUAACAUCUUAGUUCUAUGUGUUUAACAGAAAGUUUCCUAAAUAUUUGGCCCUAACUUUAUGGAAUUUCAUCAGAAAUUUUUGAAAACUCUGCUUAUUAUAGUUGAACUUUCUCUUGUUCUCUAAAGUGAUUGUGUUAAUGGAAGAAAGACCUCAAAACAUAGGGACUCAGAGUAGAUGAACAGGGCCUCGUUCAAGUUCAUUCUUCGUGUUUUUUAAAAAGCAUGUUUGCGGGCCGGCCCCGUGGCUUAGCGGUUGAGUGCGCACGCUCCGCUACUGGCGGCCCGGGUUUGGAUCCUGG